UCAUUUCUGCUGCAUGCUCGGCCGUGCCAGCGUGUGCGCCCUUGACCUUCAGCCGCAAUGACCGCUUAAUACCUGCCAUCGCGCAGCCCUUCCUGUGUCAUUCCUCUGUCACCAUCUCCCAUGACUGCUCACGGCUAAAGUCCAACGAUCUCCUAAUAUGAUGAACGGCACGACCUAUCAGAUGACUAUACAUGCCCCUCUCACUGCCCCAACAAGCCAUCUACCAGUCUCAGAGACGCCUCAGGAAGGCGAACAGACAGACGUUGAGGCUCCUACAACUAUACCCGUCUGCGAGCGUACCUCCCUCAAUAGACCUCCCUCCUCUGCCAUCGACGAGAAAUCCGAUAUGUUGAAGCGCGCUACAAACAUGAGCUUGGGACGCCGCACGAGCCGCCUCGAACAAUGGUUGCACGAGCAACGCCGUCUGUCAGCUGGUUCUGAAGCAGCCUUGCAGGGUGCUGACGACGUGCAGGCUGUACGCGAGACGGACCACCCGUGUGUUGCAUAUCCGCACCUUGGUGUUGCCUCGUUCCGCACACAUGCCCCGGACGACCGGGCCAUGGUGGAAAGCUACAUCUUCGUUGACGACACGGACGUGCCGCGCGCGCCCCCAGCCCCAGACGCGUCCGUCUUCCAGACGUUGGCAGGAUUCUCUGAUGCCACCCCUCGCCCGUCCCCACCCUCCACCCCUCGCAAAACCUCCCCCGUUCGUCCGUCGGACGGAUUCUUUACCCUGCGCAGCCACCGGCGUGGUUACGGUUCGCGUCGUGCCUCCACCCUCUCCGGCCUCGAGCAUAGUUCACUCUCUAUCGUAGCACACCGCCUGAGGACAGAGCUUGGCGCCACACAUGUCAGCAGCGGCGCACACUCGUCUUCCCCGAAUGCCUUGUCACUGCAUGACAGACCGCCUUCCGAGGAUGUGCAGUCGCAGUCUUCGCGUCCGAUGUCGCUAUCACCGUGGAAACUCAGGCGUCCAGGCGUCAUAGAUCACUUCACAGAAGCCUAUGAUGAGCGCAGCCAUCUCCCUCCAUCUCGUCCAAGUUUGUCCUCUUGCAUCACUCAAUCUUCCACGGCCUCGUGUGCGACGAUAUCGAGCGAUGCGGCCAGCGUCUCCCGCAAGCUCUAUCUCGGUUCCGUCCACCACCACUCGCCCGCCCUUUUCUCCAGCUCAUCGCACUCGCUGUGGUCGCUGCCCACAGACGCCUCGCACAUGUACGACCCACCAGAGUCCACGAAGGUCAUUGCCCAGGAUCGUGAGAAGGCAAACGCGAUCCGGAUACCACUACCCCUCAAGAUGCACGGGGCAGGCCUUGGCAGUGUCUCGAGUGCGCUCGGCAGUCCCGGAAGGGCGAGAAGAAAGCGCAAACUGAUAAUUAGCGGUAUACCUGCUGACGACGAGCGCCGAUAUAGCGCUGCGAAGAAGUGGUGCGAGUCAUUCGGAGAUCUGAACUAUUUUGAGCGUACGCCGAGCGGAGAUAUCCACGUAGACUUCCGGAAGACGGAGGUAGCGGAGACGGUAUGCCGAUUACAAGCCCGAGUGUACAUCAAGGGUGUCGGCAGCGUCUGUCUGUCGUACUUCACGGGGAAAAGGCCGUGAACCUCGCAACGGUACACCAGCAUAACCACGGUUCCUCUCAUAUACCGCCGAUCCGUCGUCGCUUUUUAGAUGUCUCGAACAAUGUAACGAUCCGGCUGUGUCAUCCAUCUAUGCCUCACGAGACUAUUACGACAUGCCUCAGCCGCAAUUGUAGUCUACCAUAUAUGCAACCCCUCACCUACAUACCCUUUGCCGCCGAUUGCAGAUGUUGUGUUUAUCUGGACCUAUUGGGAACUAUUUCUAAUGCUGGCUCGCGGUUUUCGUUUGUAAUGCAGCCUAUCGCAUUCAUGUGACAUGACAUCUGUUUAAUCCUCCACUGUAUCUACUGACCAAAUGUUGUCGGACGCUGUGCCAUAGUUUCUGUACAUGUGUAUGACUUGUCUGAAAGAAACUCGUAAAAUCGGCUCAUUGGCGUCUCAGUCUCUGCCCAUCC